AUGGGGCUUGCAAAGGCACGGGCUAUUCAGCUUUCCGCCGUGUGUGUGGUGUGUGUGCUGUGCACUGCGGCGGUGAAGGUGGCGAUGGCGACAGGGGACGAUGGUCCUGGUGCGGCGUUCGCGUACGACGCUGACCGGGUGAGGCGCACCACCUGCUGCGACCUGGUAGGGCGGCACUGGCCGCUGCUGCGUCGCUGGCACCGUGACUGCGCUGGUGGCAGUGCGACGCUGGCGGGAAAGCUUGGCCGCUUCCAGGCGUCCCUUGCCGCUGCCGCAGAGCUGAGCGGCGGGACGAAGGUGUGCGACGAGAAGAAGCGCUCCCUCGGUGCCGGGUUCCUCGGCGCCUUCGUCGAGCAGCGCCUCUGCGUAGGCCUCCCUUCCACGCACACGGAGCUGGUGCGAAGUGUGUACGGUGUCUUUGUGGCGGAGAACCCCCUCGCCGAGGAUGACCUCACCACCCUCAUCAGCGAGGCGUGCGCCGGAGUCCAGCGCGAGGGAGUCGAGGCAUGGCGCCGCUCUCUGCAGCUGCAAGCCGUGCGGGAGGCGCAGCGGGCCAUUUGCGUGCACGAAUGCCUCAUGACACACUCUCCGUUUGAUGGUGAGGCGUACGAUCUUUGA